AUGGGUGGGUGGGAGGAGGCCCCUACUAUUCUGACGUUUCUCGAUUCUAUUACCUACGGGUUGAAUUCGUUCGAUCUUAGGAUGAAGAGCGAUUUCAGUUUACUUAGCGUUAGAGGAGCCAAAAGAAGAUCAUAUAUCGUGGAAGUAGGUCAGCAUUUUUAUUGGCAAAUAGGGGGGUUUCAAGUUCAUGCACAAGUACUUAUAACUUCCUGGAUUGUAAUUGUUGUCUUAUUAGGUUCAGCUACUCUAGCUGUUCGAGACCCACAAAUCAUUCCGAACGGAGCACAAAAUUUUUUGGAAUAUGUUCUCGAAUUUGUUCGGGACUUGGCUAGAACUCAGAUUGGUGAAGAAGAAUAUGGUCCCCAGGUUCCUUUUAUAGGGACUAUGUUUCUAUUUAUCUUUGUUUCUAACUGGGCAGGUGCUCUUUUUCCUUGGGGAAUUAUUAAAUUACCUCAUGGGGAAUUAGCCGCACCUACAAAUGAUAUUAAUACCACAGUAGCUCUAGCUUUGCUCACAUCAGUAGCUUAUUUUUAUGCAGGUUUUACAAAGAGGGGUUUAGGCUAUUUUGGUAAAUAUAUUCAACCAACCCUAAUCCUUUUAUGA